AUGGGAUCUGCCAAUCAAAGAGUCCCAUGGGGCGCAAAGCGCUUACCGACUAGCCGCGAAGGGAAGCUCUCCGCCCAAGGAACAGCUUCGCAGUCGGAUGCUCAGCAUGACGGGGUCCCUGAAGCUCAGGUUCCCGUGUCUCCUCCGUCCCAAUCAGUCGGGCCCAACAGGUUUUCCACCCCGGACAAUCCGUUUUCUGCAAAGCCUCAGAGUGUCUCUCCUGUUCGUCCCCACAACCUCAGACAAGGUGCUGCCCGUGGUACUCGAAGCUCUGCCCGGCAGGAUAUCCUUUCUACCUUCGAAUGGGAGGCUCUAGCUAUCGAGAAAUCGAGAGACUCCGCCCCCGUUGCAACCUCGGCUAAAACCAGGAAUAGCCAACUAAGGGCUACUACGACUGCUGCUGCUACAGCUAGGGACCAGAGCUCACCUUCCAAGAAACCCAAGAAAAUGUCCCGGAAUCGGCCUAGAGGUCCUCCAGUCCCCAGGGACAACGGACUGGCGGCCAAUGAAGAGACUGACAUGUGGAACAAGAUCCUCCAGGACCUUCGCAAAGCGAAGGAGAAGAAUGACAAGCAGAAGACGCUGGCAGAUCAGAUCGCCGCCUUGAACGAGAAGAUCGGUAAAGAGGGUGGAAAACCUUCUCUCAGCGAGCACGAUCAGCUCGAUAGUCUCUAUCGACAAAUGUCAAAGCUGUGCGACGAUGAGAGAGCCAUUCUGCAGGAUGAGCCUAGCGAUGUUAUCAAGAACUUGGGUCUCCUGACCGCACUUCGACAGGCCUCCGAAGCGGAGGCCCCUCAAAAUCGCGCUGCUACGUUGUCCAAGUCGCGGAAGAAGCGCAAUGAACUGGAUGGGUCAGCAACUGACUCGCCUGGGCCCUCCACUACGGCCUUGCCAGAUAAGGUCGGUCGCACGAAAGGCGGCGUUCAGCGUAGUACCAGUGUUUCCAGCACUCAGGUCCGUGACAGCCGCGACAUUCGCGACAGCGGUGUGUAUGUUAAAGUAGAAGAAGGCACCGAGGGUACCAAGGGUACCCUUGCAGAGCGCAACGGACACCUGGUGGUUGGGGCGGAGGUUGUCUUCAAACACAACAAGAACAAACAAGGGGUCGAAGGCGAGGGCAUUCAGUGCAUUAUCAAGGGGAUCUCUGGGGAUGGAGUGAAAAAACGGUAUGACGUGCAGGACCCGGAGCCAAACGAGAACGGUGAACAGGGAGCUGUUUACAAAACCACUGCCGCAUCUUUGAUCCCCAUUCCCCAGAUGGGGUCAGCCUUGCCAUCAUUCCCAGUAGGGAAGCAAGUUUUGGCGAGAUAUCCAGACACGACCACGUUCUAUCGUGCGGAAGUCAUGGGUUCCAAGAAGGAUGUCUACCGUCUCAAGUUUGAGGGCGAAGAAGAUGAUAAAGAGAUGGAGGUAGAUCGACGCUUUGUACUUGAUAUACCUGGGAAGUAGAACCAGUCUUGGGAUGUCAAUGUUACACUACGAGAGAUCUACGGAGCGAUGCCUUCCCCUCAAGUGACAGCGCCAGUAAGAGUAUGAAACUGCCCCCAAGUGGGCAGGCGAACAAGACAGGAGCAAGGCACAAAAGACGGAGUGAAAAGAAAGGAUUGACAGGGAAACAGGGGCAAAACGAAGAAGAGAUUUGCACCAUGGUCGGUUGCACUAUAUUUUGAUACCCAUUCAUUGAGCUGGAAUGUUUCAAUUUGGCGGGUGAGGCGGGAUUUACGGAGUUCGGUUUGCUUUGAUGAGUGGGAUGAUCGCCACAAAUUGGCUGGUUAUGUUUGAG